AUGCCAGAACGGCCUCCUGACAUCUCAACCGACGACGCGUCAGAGGUGUGCAUCAUCGGCGGCGGCAUCGGCGGCCUCGCGCUUGCUGUCGGGCUGCAGUCCCGCGGCGUCCGCUGCCACGUGGUCGAGCGCGACUCAGGGUGGGACGAGCGGCGGCGUGGUUAUGGGCUGACCCUCGGCCCAACCUGCAUGACGGCGCUCACCAGCCUUGGCCUGCUAGAGCGGGUGCGUGCCGUCGAUCAGGCGUGUCCCUCCGACUGGCACUGGGUGUUUGCCGCGAGCGGCGCCAUCCUCGGCUACUUUGGCAUCGCCUUUAGCGGCAAGCCGGGCGAGGCGCGAAAUUUUCGCGUCCCGAGGCACGAGCUGCGCCGCAUGCUGUACGAGCAGCUCGCGCCGGGCACCGUCCGGUGGGGCUUGCGGCUCGAGUCGUACGUUGAGGUGGCGGGUGGCGUCGAGGUGGUGCGGCGGUGCAGCUCGUGGCACGCGCCGGUGGGGGAGAUGCUCGCCGAGACUGCCGCGGGCAGUGUGUGGGGCACGCCGCUCUGCGACCGCGCGCCGAUGCCCCACCGCAGCAAGCAGGCGGGCAGGGCGAGGGGUGGCGGGGCGCAGGCGGGAGAGGCGCAGCCUUCGCCGUGGGCGUCGCGGGUGACUCUGCUCGGCGAUGCUGCGCACGCGAUGACGCCGUUCAAGGGCCAGGGCGCCAACCAGACGCUCGUCGACGCGGCGCUGCUCGGCAACCUCCUCGCGGCCGCCCUCGCGGGCCGAGGCGAGGGGGGCACUGCCUCGGCGCUGGCGCGGUACGAGCGCGAGAUGUGCGACAAGGCGGAGCCAAAGGUGGCCGCCUCGCGCCGCGCCGCGCUCCUCUACCACUCGGCGGCCGCGCUGGAGCCGGGGUCGUACGGCGUGAGCGGCGUGCCCGCCGAGGAGGCGGCGGCCCUGCUCGCCGAGCUGUCCCGGCGCGGCGUCACGGCGAGCGACGCGGGAGCGCUGGAGGCGCGAGCCGUGGCCGCGUGGAGUGAGUCGUCGUCUUGA